AUGGAAUCGCGCACUACUUAUGCUGAUGUUGCGGCCGGAGUCCCUCCACUUCGUAUUGGAGACGAAAAAAUUCACUCUAUUGCCACUGUUCAAAAGUGUACCAAGUUCAAUUAUCACGUAAGUUUGGUUUUUAUUCUAGUUUUUCAUGGUUUAGGUAUCGAAUUUAUUUAUGAGGUGAACCUGUGUGUUUUUGAUACUGACGUGAUAGAGACAUGAAUUUGGGUUGGCCUUUUGUUUAAUUUGAUUAAAACAAGACGACUACUUUAUUAACAUUGUCCUUGAUAACUACUCCAGAUAUUUUGUUUAUCUUAAUGUCAUUUCAGCGCUUGACUCCGUUGAUGUUCCUUGCAUUUAUGGUUCUCACUCAAGGAUUUCAAGUCCUGCUGUACUUCUUCGCCAACAGGAUUGAAAACUUCUUCCAGAAUUGGCAGUUCAUCACCAUCAAUUGCUUCGUCUUUGCCUUCAUGCUGAUCACCUUUGGUAUUUUGGCUGUGGCUGCGGUAAAGAAAGACAAAAACCUUUACGACAUUGCUAUCAAGCUCAUGGUAAAUUUUUUUUUUGUUUUUGACAUUUUAUUUUAGUGUUUUAGAUGAAAAGAAAUGGUUAAAAGAUUGUUUUUCAAUAGUUAGGUCUAAAUUUUCUAGAGUAGUGUGGAAAAAGCUUUAUAGAGCUAGCAUGUUAAAGUUAGGUAAUGUUAAAAUUAAAAAUAAUAUCAAAUUUUUCAGGCAAUCUUUGUCCUCCUUCACACCAUCAUUUUUGUCGUUUUCUUGAUCUUCUCCGUGAUCGUCUACGUUGAGGACUCAACUCCCACCCGUCAUCAAGCGUACAUCAACAUGGUUACCUUGGAGAUCGUCGGCUACGCGUUGUUCCACUUGGUUGUGGCUACCUUCUUAAGUGCUUUGGUCGUCAUCACGGUCAGAGACAAGGAUCAUUUGUCGCAGUGCCCAUUGGUCAGCGUCGAUCGCAUUUGA